CAAAAUUUUUCUACACUUUUACAUUUGGUUUCCCAUAAAAUUUUUUUUUACAAAAUUUAUAAAAAAAAAUUUUGGGAACCACUCUGUGUGCGGUGUGAUCACAACAAACAUGCCUGUUACCUAUAAGAUACACACUUUGCCCCAACAGCGACGUCUGGUCCCCAACCUGAUGCGAACAAUAAUCAACAUUCUGGCGGAGACCCAACGACCCAUGAGCGACAUCGAGCUGGCCUCCAUCUUGGGUGUCCAUUAUCGCCGCCGGGACAUCGAGUUCUACCGCCAAAUUCAGAUCAAUCUGCGUGAUGGCGUGGAAUACGGCAUCCUGAAACGCCAGAGGAACCGCUUCUCACUGCGUUCCCGACGACUGAGCGAACUGAUGUCCACUCUGGGAUCCUCCACACACCGCUAAAUGGGAGUCCAAGAAACCAAGCAUCGGACAUCCCAAUAAAAUAACAUUAGAACGAACCCGAAAUACUUAAAUACACCUUAUCAUAGCA